AUGGAAUCCGGUUAUGUGAAAGUUGAGGAUAAAAGCUUGUUACUCAAGGAUGAAACCGUGUAUCGCAGCCUUGUGGGAGCUUUACUUUACAUAGCUGUAUGCGCAAGACCGGAUAUAGCUGUGAGCGCGUCGAUAUUGGGUCGGAAGGUGAGCGCACCCACGGAAACAGACUGGGUGGCAGCCAAAAGAUUGGUUCGUUACCUGAAACAUACGAAAAACUGGAAACUCGAAUUUGGUAGAUCUACAGAUGGUUUGAUUGGCAGUACUGACGCUGAUUGGGCCGGUGACACUGCAACUCGCAGGUCUACGACAGGUUUUGUGUUUCACUACGCUGGCGGAGCAGUGUCGUGGGCGAGUCGUCGACAAAGUUGUGUCACUUUGUCCAGUAUGGAGGCGGAAUACGUGGCAUUGAGUGAAGCUUGUCAGGAGCUGGUAUGGCUUCUAGAAUUGCUGAAGGACUUGGGAGUGCCGCAUCAGGGUCCGGUACGAGUUUUGGAGGACAAUCAGAGCUGUAUAGCAUUUGUGGCAUCUGAGAGAAUAAAUCGACGUUCCAAGCACAUCGAGACUCGAGAAUGUUACGUCAAACAAUUACAAGAUGAAGGAAUAUUGAAGCUCGAAUACUGCCCCACGGACACAAUGGUAGCAGAUGUUUUCACAAAACCGUUGGGUGCCGUCAAGCAGUUCAAGUUCGCCGAGAUGUUGGGGUUGUCUGGGUGCAACGAUCGUUGA